AUGGAUAAAAUUCUCUCAGUAUUUUGUGUACUGCUCUUGUUCCUUUAUCCUUCUUCUGCAUUGCCUUUGUGCACUGACUUGAGAGCACCUACAACUCCAAAGAGCAAUUUAGCAUUCUGUCCAUAUAAUGGAAAAUCGUGCUGUAAUCCGUCUGAAGAUCUGGAGUUGCAGAAGAGAUUUCAGGCUAUGAACAUAUCUGAUUCUACCUGUGCCUCAGCUGUGAAAUCAAUCCUCUGUGCAACAUGUGAUCCAUUCUCAGCAGAGUUGUUUAAGGUAAAAUCAGAGCCUCGCCCAGUUCCAAUCCUUUGCAAUUCUACUGCUGGUGCACCUCUCUCAUCUUUGUCAGAUAACGACUUUUGUUCAACAACAUGGAAUUCUUGUCAAAAUGUAAUGAUCCUGAAUUCUCCCUUCGCCCCUUCAUUACAAAGUAAGGCUCAAGUACCACAAAAUGCCAGCAUAUCCAAGCUCACUGACCUAUGGCAAUCGAAAAGUGAUUUUUGUAAUGCAUUUGGUGGUGUCACGGAUGAGAUUUCCAUUUGUUUUAAUGGCGAACCGGUCUCUCUUAACGAAACCAAUACUUUGCCUCCAACAAAAGGCGUGUGUUUGGAGAAAAUUGGCAAUGGAUCUUAUCUUAAUAUGGUAGCUCAUCCCGAUGGAUCUAAUCGGGCUUUCUUCUCCAACCAAGCUGGCAAAAUUUGGUUGGCCACGAUUCCUGAUCAGGAUUCGGGAGAGGUAAUGGGAAUUGAUGAGUCGAGUCCAUUUGUAGACUUAACAGAUCAAGUUCAUCUUGAUACUAGUUUCGGGAUGAUGGGAAUGGCUUUUCAUCCAGACUUUGCAAACAAUGGCCGGUUUUUUGCAUCGUAUAAUUGUGACAAAGAGAAGUCUCCGGGAUGUGGUGGAAUUUGUGCUUGUAAUUCUGAUGUAGGAUGCGACCCCUCGCAGUUAGGUUCACUAGACUCAGGGCCUCACUGCAAAUAUCAGACCAUUGUUUCUGAGUUUACGGCUAAUGGAACUGCUUCAAAUCCAUCAUUGGCUGAAACGGCCAAGCCAUUGGAAGUAAGAAGAAUAUUUACGAUGGGGCUUCCAUUUGGAGCAAACCACGGUGGUCAAAUACUCUUUGGGCCAGACGAUGGAUAUUUAUAUAUCAUGAUGGGUGAUGGUGGAAGCAAAGGAGAUCCCUAUAAUUUUGCACAAAAUAAGAAGUCAUUGCUCGGAAAGAUAAUAAGGGUUGAUGUGGACUUUAUACCACGUGAAGAGGAAAUAGUUAAACUUGGUUUGUGGGGAAACUAUUCUAUCCCACAGGAUAAUCCAUAUUCUGAAGAUAAAGAAUUGGGGCUGGAAAUUUGGGCCCUAGGUUUAAGAAAUCCGUGGCGUUGUAGCUUUGAUUCAGAAAGGCCUUCCUAUUUCCUGUGUGCUGAUGUUGGACAGGAUCAAUAUGAAGAGCAAACUCCAGGGGGAAAUACUUCUGCUAAUUCCAUCGAUUCAAUUUUGCCCAUAUUGGGAUAUAGUCACUCAGAGAUAAAUAAACUAGGAUCUGCAGCAAUAUCAGGAGGAUAUUUCUACCGUGCAAAGACUGAUCCCUGCACGUAUGGAAGUUACUUGUAUGGAGAUUUAUAUGCCAAUCAUAUAUGGGCAGCAUCAGAAACUCCUCAAGACAGCGGAAAUUUUUCUACAACUGACAUCCCUUUCAGCUGUGCUCCAAGUUCUCCAAUCAGGUGCAGCUCAGUGCCUAAUAGCAAUCUUCCUGCUUUAGAAUACAUUUUCUCAUUUGGAGAGGAUAACAGGAAAGAUGUUUUCAUUUUAACACAAAGUGGAGUGUAUCGAGUUGUUCGGCCAAGUCGCUGCGGUGGAGGUGGUCCCUCUCCGGCUUCUGUCGGUGGAGGUUUUCCCUCUCCGGCUUCUUGCCGGUUGAGGUCGUGGUUUGGUGGUCUUGGUUUGGUGGGUGUUGGUUUGCUGUGGGUGUGUGGUUGUGGACUGGAGUUGGGUGAGGCCGGAAUGUUUUCAGUUGUUGGCUUGGGUUUGGACUUGGGUUUCAGAUGGUCUUCUACUGCUGUGGCUUGA